AUGCAGGAUGCACUGGAGGCAGGUCUCAAUGCCAAUCAUCGGGAUGCUGCAACACCUCUGUCUGCACCAUCGAGUGGACGACUUCAGAAUGACCACCGGGAUGGGCUGAGCAAUGCGACGUGGAUGGCCACCACUCCGCAGACUGUGAAUGAACCGGCGAUGCUCAUGCCCUACAGCCUGGUGCACAACAGCAUCUGCUACACCGUUCUCCCUCUGUCCCCUGAGCCAUCUCCAGCUCAUACUGCCCUCGACCCCAUUCUGCCUGACGCAUCCGCAUUCCAUGACCGUCAUGCUGUGCCACCCUACACAUACCCUGCCAUCACCAGUGCAACCUGCUCCUGGAUGGCCAUUCUUUCCCGGAUCUGGCAGCCAGAUGUCGUUUGGAGCUGCUGGAAGCCGGCCACCUUGGGCAGCUACAGUUCUGUCGCUGCAAUAUGGGAAGCCUGGGCAGAAGGCGAGCGUGUUGCGGGCAUCAGUCGCAAGCCACCUCUGCGUGAACUCGAGCAGCUGUGGGGUGCACAAAAGAACACAACAUUGAGGAGGGGUUAG